AUGGAGGAGCAAGGCCAGAGGGAGAUCCAGCUCCAGCUGCUGCUGCUCCCCGCGCCGGCAGGCCGAGCCCUAUGCGACGUGCCCGCGGUGCCACCCAGCGCCGCGGACCACCCGCAGCUGGACCUCGACCUGUCCAUGAGCAUCGGGCCGAGGCACCCCGCGGCGGCGCCAGCGCCGCCGCCGCGGGCGUCGCCACUCGCGAACGAGAACAGGAGAGCGUCGGGGGUGAUGAUGACGGCGUCGGCGGCGGCCGGCGCGAGGCAGCAGCAGAAGCACCAGCAGCACGCGGCGGCGGACGCGCGCGCGGUGAAGCAGCAGGCGGCGGAGCAGGCCCGGAUGGCGUGCGCCGAGCGCGCCUACGCGGAGCGCGUCCGGGAGCUGGCGCGGCGGGAGCUGGAGCUCGCGGAGCGGGAGUUCGCGCGCGCCAGGGCGAUCUGGGAGCGCGCCCGCGAGGAGGUGGAGCGGGUGGAGCGCAUGAAGCAGAUCGCGGCGAGGCGGCUCGUCGGCUCGGCGGCCUCGUCCGCGGCGGCGCUGGAGAUCACCUGCCACGCCUGCAUGCAGCGCUUCCACCCCUAGUCCUAGCACGCUGCGCUGCGCCUGCGCCGCAGGAAGGCGGUCACUGUAUGUGAUGCGCAGCUGGUUGGCGAUCGAUCUCGACAGCUGCCACCGCCAUCGCUGUAACUCUUUCUCCAUAGCUUUCAGCUCUUGUGAAUUAAUGCCAUGCCGCCAUGUUCAGCGUGAGAUGAUCAUCGUCUGGUUCAUGCUUGAUGCA